CCCAUCCUUCUCGAUUCGAUCUCUUCCACUUCAGAGUCGGUGAGCGACAGGCACUGACCUUGUCCGGGAAGAAGCAAGGAGCAAAGAAGAAGAAAGAAGCAAGGCAGUAGCAAUGGCGGGCGUGGGUCGUAACAUGGUGGCGCCGCUGCUGGUGCUGAACCUCAUCAUGUACCUCAUCGUCAUCGGCUUCGCCAGCUGGAACCUCAACCACUUCAUCAACGGCCUCACCAACCGCCCGGGGGUCGGCGGCAACGGCGCCACCUUCUACUUCCUCGUCUUCGCCAUCCUAGCCGGGGUCGUCGGCGCCGCUUCCAAGCUCGCCGGCGUGCACCACGUCCGCACCUGGCGCGGGGACAGCCUCGCCACCUCUGCGUCCUCCUCGCUGGUGGCGUGGGCGGUCACCGCCUUGGCGUUCGGGCUGGCGUGCAAGGAGAUCCACAUCGGCGGGUACCGCGGGUGGCGCCUCCGGGUGCUGGAGGCGUUCGUCAUUAUCCUGGCCUUCACGCAGCUGCUUUAUGUCAUCGCUCUGCACUCCGGGCUGUUCGGGAACCAGUUCGGUGGUAACCAUGCUGGCGGGUAUCCGGCGGAGCACGCGUACGGCGCCGGCGACCCGCACAACAAGGGAAUGGGCACCGGCGGCGUCGCCAGGGUCUGAAUCGGGUAUGCUCCAUCGCCUCAAUCGGCGGUGACAGUGACGGGCGGAUAAUAAGGUGUAUGUAUGUAUGUAUGUGUGUGACCGUACGUUGUACGCAUACCUGGUGGGUUUGUGUUCACGGUAGGCAUGUACUAGUGUUCUUUUUUGUAGGGACGACGUACGGUGCAUGCGUACAUGUGUAGUACUGCAGUAUGGUUCUUCUUAGCGUGUGUGUGUGUGUGUGUGUGUGUGUGUUUAUGUGCUUCUUCUCCGACCAGACAAUGCAUGUCUGGAUGUGGAUGAACGGCUGCACUUGUUUAAUUUAGUACGUACUACUCUACUUCCAAUUGUGAUGUGCCCAUGCAUGCAAC